AUGUUUCAAGCAUUAGAAAAAAUUUAUGAACAAGAUAUUGAUAUCAGAAAUGCUGUAAAAUUAGAAUCAAAAAAGGUUUCAUAUAGUCAUAGUCUUGAACUCUGUAAAAAAGCUCUAAAUAUAGCACUUAUAAAUAAUUUCAAUAUUGAUUUAGAGGAUAUUUUACAACAAUUCAUUGAUGAGCAACAUAGAGGUAAAAGUUGUUCUGCAAACAAAAGAUAUUUACUAGCAACUAAAAAUUAUAAUAGCAAGAAUAUUGAUUCAAAUUAUUAG